AUGCUCUCGAUAUACCUCGUUCAGGCCCGUCAAUGGAUCUCUUACUGCGAUCUUGAGCUCUCGCACGGCCUCUUUGACCACGUCCAAGACAUUUUCAUCCGCUGUCUCCGACCCUCCACCUCGAUCCAGCUAUGGAAGUUCUACCUUGAUUUCGUCCGUCGACGCAACCCCAUCGAUUUGGCCCAACCUGAAGCGGCCAAACAAGCCAGAGCGACGAUCGCCAAGAGCUUUGAAUUUGCUUUGCAGCACGUGGGACAAGAUCGAGAGGCGGGGAGCUUGUGGUCCGAGUAUCUCGAGUUUUUGAAAGAGGGUUCGGUAAGUAACGUGUAUCAAGAGGUCUCACUCUCAGCAGAUGGCGCUCAUCUCGAUGCGGUCUUUUACUGAGCAGGGUCGAGGAUCUCAAUGGGAGGACCAACAGCGAAUGGACGCGCUGCGCAAGGUCUUGCAGGGCGCAGUUCAGAUCCCGGUCGAGAACGUCGAACAAAUCUGGCAAGAAUACAGCGCUUUCGAGAACAACUUGAGCAAAUUGACGGUCAGUCCCACGAACUACUACCCGCACAUCAUUCAUUCAGGAGGCUGAUGGUGAUCAUGGCACACGCAUCGCUUUUUCUGCAACAGGCCAAAAAGUUCCUCGCCGAGCUCUCCCCGGCGUACAUGACCGCUCGCAAAGCGUUGCGAGAACUCCGAGCCCACUUCGGUCGACUGGCGACCCCAGCACUGCCGCACCAACCUGAUUGGUCGACCCCAUCUGACCGUUCCGACCUCGAGUUGUGGAAAGCGUAUCUCAAAUGGGAAGAAUCGAACCCGCUCGAUCUCGAAGAUCCGAACCUCUUGCAUGCGCGCGUCGGGUUCGCCUACAAGAAAGCCCUGGCGAACAUGAGGUUCUUUUCCGAGAUCUGGUACCUCGCUUCCGAUUACCACACCCGUUUGGGUAAGACGGACGAAGCGAAAACGUUAUUGGAGAAUGGACUCAAGGCCAAUCCGGGUAGUUUGUUGCUGGCUUAUAAACUCGUCGAAGUGGACGAAGGGCAUAAUAACCUUGAUGCGUGUUAUCGCGUCUAUGAAGGCUUGUUGGAACAUUUCCAUCGUCUUUUGACGCAGACGGUCGAAGAGACGAACGAGUUGGUCGCGCAGGCUUGGAAUAGGCUGGACGAAGAGUUCGAUAACAAGGUACGGAGGGAGAAUGGAGCAGGGGAAGAAGACGAUGAUGACUCGAGGCAAAAGAGGGUACAGGAGAAGGACGAGAUCAAGAAACGGAUCGAGAACCAACGCGAGGCGAUUCUGGAGACGCACAAGAAGGCCGUCGCGAGCGUUUGGGUCAAUCAGAUGACGUUCGCGAGACGCGCGACACCGGGGAAUGAGGCGGUCAAACAGUUCAGAUCGGUUUUCUCAAAGGCGAGAAAGUCACCGUAUGUGACUUGGCAGGUCGUGGAUGCUUCGGGUAAGUCGAGGGGUGCGACACGACUGAAAUCGACGAGGUGCCAUAGGCUUAAUCACCUCUCCGAUUCUGUUCAGCACGCAUCGAGUACUUUUGGAACAACGCGGCCCAAGUUGCGGGCAACAUCUUCGAAUUCGGGAUGAAAUCCUUCUCCGCCGACCCGGACUAUGUGCUCCGUUACCUCGAUUUCCUCAUCAUGACCAACAACCCCAACAAUGCUCGAGCCUUGUUCGAACGAACGGUCGCGCUCGUGGAACCUAGUAAAGCUCGCGCGGUUUGGGAUCGCAUGGCUCAGUACGAGUAUGAAUAUGGGGAUCAUCUUGCAGCGCAAAAGAUUGCAAAGAGGUUCGCGGAGACUUUCCCAGAGGUAUCGGUGACAGAGACGUUUGCGAGGCGAUAUGGUCAACAUGGAUUAGAAGCUGCUGUGGCUCGAGAAUUGGGGACGACGUUCUCUUCCGCCUCUGGUGAGCGGAAGGACGAGUUCUUGAGUGUGGGUGGGGGCCGAGCGACGAAACGAGAAGCGUCCAUCGAUGUCUCUCACGCUGCAGUCGAUCAACGAGAAGCCUCCGUCGACCGCCACGAUUACGCUUCGAAACGGCACAAGGCCGCCCACCAGGACGAAUCACCCCAACCCACGGCGGCACACGAGGAGCGCACUGCAACCGGUCUGCGACCCUGGGGACGCUCCGGCUCGAACCGAGCUCAAACGCCGGACUCUGAAGCCGCUCGCGGAGGACCGUCUCGUCCUCGUCUACCAGACGGUGACAUCGUGCGUCGACGACCACCCCCCAAAUCAACCGCAUCACCCGCAAUCGACGAUGCAACAUCGACCCUGAACCGACCGGUGCCCUACAAACUCGAUGCCCACGGAGACGCCAUCGCGGUCCUCCCCGACGCCGUCGUCUUCUUCCUCUCCAUCCUCCCCCACGCAAGUACCUUCACAGGCCCGUUCAUCAACCCCGCUACGAUGGUCGACGUCAUCGCGACGACGAUGUUACCGGGUACCGCACCGGGUCCGGGAUUACCGGGGGAAAGGUUGGGGAUUCCUCCUCGACCUAGGGACGAGGGGGGGAAUGGAGGGGCGAGACGGGGCGCUAAGAGAGGAGGUAUGAGACAGGCGAGUCCGUCGCAUCAACAAGGGGGCAGGGGGGAACCGGAUUAUGGGUAUGGUGCAAGACCUGUUGGAGGAGGGGGAGGGGGUGGAGGUCGUCCGAGGUAUUAA